AUGGAACCGUCACGGCCACGAAGUUGCCGCAGCUUCGGCGUGGCCAUCAUCUGCGCCCUAGAAAUAGAAGCAGAUGCCGUCAAGGCCUCGUUCGACAACGAUUGGGACACGUCAGCUGGGCUACCUUACGACAAGGCCCCGGGUGAUCCCAAUGUCUACUUCAACGGCUCUAUCGACCGCCACAAUGUUGUGCUCGUCCGCCUGCCAGGACCAGGGAAGGUCAAUGCUGCGAUUGGUGCUUCGAACUGCCGGGCCAGCUAUCCGAACAUCAAACUCGCCAUUCUUGUUGGCAUUUGCAGCACAAUUCCCUUGGCCUCUGACGGCAACACCAAGAUUGCCCUAGGCGACGUCAUCAUCAGCGAAGGUGUGAUUGAGUACGAUCUCGGGCAUCAAACCACGGAUCGGUUCACCCGGAAAGAGGAUCUCUUGCACUCGCUGGGUAGACCUGGUUUGCAAGUUCGCUCGCUUCUCACGAAGCUCAAAAGUCUCCGCAGUCGCAGAAGCAUGCAACGCCAAAUGGCAGACUGCCUUGGUGCCAUUCAGUACGCUCCUGGGAUGGCGAGAGGGACCCCCCUGACAGAUCGGAAUCAGACAUUCCACGAUCCCUGCCUGACGCAUGAAAGGGUGCGCUGCGGUGACUGCGGUUGCGGUGGGCAGGUCGGAUCGCAUAAUCCUCUCAACCGAGAGAUACACCCACCAACCGUGCACUUUGGCCUGAUAGCAUCGGGCGAUACUGUGGUAGGAUCCAAGGAGAAAAUGGAUCAUGUCUUGCGCUCAGAGAAUAUUCUAGCCUUCGACUCGGAGAGCGCUGGCGUCUGGGAUAUCUUCCCAAGUAUUGCCAUCAGAGGCGCAGGCACCUACGUAGACGGCACCAGGACAACAGGAGGGGACAGGCGCGCGGCAUCUACGGCAGCGGCAUGUGUGAAAGUACUCCUGAGCGAUUGGCAGCCUGGCUUGUGUUCACAGCACGAGGAAGAGCCGUCGGAACCUUGUGCUGUCAUUGAGCCAGAUAACGGACCUUGGUUCAUUGUCCCGUAUGCGAGAAACGGGAACUUCGUCGAGCGGACUGCCAUCAUGACGCAGCUAUGGCGAAACCCUUCAAUGGAGGCCUCGCAAUCCAGACUUUUGCUGUUUGGUCUAGCUGGAACAGGGAAAACACAAAUCGCACUGGAAUACGCAAACCGGUUCCGCGAGGCGAACCCAACCGCUUCUGUCUUCUGGAUCCGUGCCAACACCCCUGAGCAAAUCAACCAGACCUUCAAAGACAUUGCACAAGAAUGUCAGAUUCCGGGCUGUCACGACCUUGAGGUUGAUCCACUGGUAACGGUCAGUAAUUGGUUGAAUAAGACACAAGGUAAUGUCUGGCUCAUGGUGAUCGACAAUGCCGACGACAUACAAGCUCUGUUUCCGCCAGAAGGGGGCACGGCACGAUCUGACUGUGAAGUGGCCAGGAGCUGGCUGGGGCACCUCGUCCCUCAAAGUUUAGACAACGGAAGCUCUGACGAAUUGCAAGCCUUGGCGUCGAAGCUUGGGCAACUACCAAUGGCGUUGGUCCAAGCCACGUACUUCAUCCAGGCCAACAGCCUUUCCAUCGCAGACUACAUCAGUCUCGUGGAAGAGAGUGACGAAAGCUUCUUCCGUCUUCUGAGCGAAGAGUUCGAGACCGCGGGGCGCGAGCCAACAGCACCUCGAACAGUGGCGCAAUCCUGGAUCGUCUUGUUUCGGCAGAUUCAGCUUCAAGAUACUCUUGCAGGCGAACUUCUCUCUAUGAUGAGCUUUUUCCACCAUGAAAGCAUUCCAUUGGAGGUUUUGUGGAAAUGGAGCCUACAGAGACAAGACCGAGGCCCCGGAAGCAGAAUCGACUUCACGAAGGCGCUGGGGCGCCUCAAGGCAUUCAGCCUAGUCGUUGAAGAAAACCCCGGCUACCUUAGCGUUCACAGGCUGGUACACCUGGUCACACCAUAUGCAUGCCAAUCAGGAAACCAAGCAUGCAGCAUGGGAGGAGGAAGCGGAUAUCCCCAUGGAAUUCGAUGA